GCUCACCCCACCUCCCUACCCCACCACACUCAAGAUGAACUCGCACUUCGCCGUCGCCGCCGCCGCCCUGGCCUUCGUCGCCUCCGUCAACGGUGAGGCCUGCUCGGCCACGCAGCAGGCCUCGGCCUACACGUCCAUGGUGGGCCUCCUGCAGGGCACGGCGCUCAACACGUGCGCCACGGACUCGGGCUACAACAUGCUGUACGCCACGUCGCUGCCGACGGCCGAGCAGACCGCCGCCAUGUGCAAGGUGGACGCGUGCCACGAGCUCAUCAAGAACGUGCAGGCCACCAACCCGCCCGACUGCGACCUGUCGAUCCCCACGAGCGGCGCCGUCAUGAACGUCAAGAGCCUGGCCGACAACUUCGAGCCCGGUUGCACGUCCGCGUCCUCGCCCGCCACGGAGGCCCCCGCCGCCACCACGGCCGCCCCGGCCCCGGCCGCCACGACCGCCCCCGCUGCUGAGACCCCCGCUUCCACCACGGCUGCCCCCGCCGCGGACUCGCCCGCCCAGCAGGACACGCCCGCGCAGGAGUCGACCCCCGCCGUCACGCCCGCUGCCACCACUGCCGCUACCCCCACCGCGUGCUAAGUGCAGGGAGGACUGAGAGCAAACGAUUCGCUUCGUACCGCUACCGCUGUUAAUAAGAGAGCCCUCGGGCCAUUUUGUGUUAUG